UUUAUGUUUUAUUUUAUUUUUCGGUCACUUUAAGGAGAAAAUAAUAUAAAUUGUGGUGCCACCUUGUUAUAAUGGAGAAGCUGCGCGAAAAGCUUGGUCAAUUGUUCACUCGAAAGUAUUCGGUGGAUAAGCCCAUGGUGGAUGAGGACGAGGAGGAGAGCGAGGAACUCCAGACCAAGGAUGUGGUGGAUCUAAUGCAGCAGCAGCAUCAGCAGGAGGAAAAGCCAAAGACAUCGCAGAAGCAGCCAAAGAGCGAACGAGAGUCACAUUAUGAUAACUACAAGCAAAAGAAACCAAGUCCCUAUCCAUUGACAACGGCAGAUCUUCCAGUGGAAGCGGAACCGAUUGCAAAUUAUAUGGAUAACAUAGAUCCGGGCAUCAACUAUGAGAUGGAGUUUGUCGAUUUUAUCGAUCGCAAUGCACCGCAGGGUUUUGGACAGAAACUGGAGAGUAUGCUACCCUACCUGGGCCUGAGCUUUGUCACCUGGCCCGGCUAUUGGGUGUGGCGCGGCUAUCAGUGGCAAACAAAGCGACGAACCGAAAGGAUCGGCAUGUACAUACAAAGAACCUUCCAGCAUGCCAAGCUGAUGCAGGUGGCCAUUCUGAGCCUCGGCCUGCUGAUGGCCACCUCGGCUCGCUCCUCGUCGGAGCCGCUCGAAGUACAUGAGGUGUCCUACAGGUCGAAGCGAAAAUGAAAACA